AUGGAGAGCAGCAGCUCCAAGGCCAAGUUCAUCGUCGGGGACAAGUACACUGGCUCCUUCGGGGAUAUUUACCUGGCUAUCAAUAUUAUCAACGGGGAGGAAGUGGCUGUGAAGUUAGAGUCACAGAAGGCCAGGCAUCCUCAGCUGCUAUACGAAAGCAAACUGUACAAGAUCCUCCAGGGGGGAGUUGGCAUCCCCCACAUACGGUGGUAUGGGCAAGAGAAAGAUUACAAUGUUCUAGUCAUGGACCUUCUUGGACUCAGCCUUGAAGAUCUCUUCAACUUCUGUUCUCGCAGGUUCACAAUGAAAACAGUACUUAUGUUAGCAGACCAGAUGAUCAGUAGAAUUGAAUAUGUGCAUACAAAGAAUUUUAUACACAGAGACAUUAAACCAGAUAACUUCCUAAUGGGUAUCAGGCGUCACUGUAAUAAGUUAUUCCUUAUUGACUUUGGGUUGGAAAAAUACUGGGACAACAGGGCAAGACAACAUAUACCAUAUAGAGAAGACAAAAAUUUUACUGGUACUGCAAGAUAUGCCAGCAUUAAUGCACACCUUGGCAUUGAACAGAGUCGUCGAGAUGAUAUGGAGUCACUUGAUGGGGAGAGGCAUUCUUGCAUUUUUAUAAUCUGUUGCAUUGAUACCCAGCCUGCUGUAACAAGAGACUGA